CUCUUGCGGAUUACGUGCAUAGCAAAGGAUUAUUGUUUGGAAUUUAUGGUGAUGCUGGAACACAUACCUGCGCCAACCGUGCUGGUUCUCUUAAUUUCGAAUACAAAGAUGCUCAAGUAUUCGCUGAAUGGGGUGUUGACUAUUUAAAAUAUGAUAAUUGCAAUAAUACGAAGCUUCCUGCGGAAAAACGUUAUCAGGCAAAUGCGCUUAAUGCUGCCGGAAGACCAACUUACUUUAGUUUAUGUGAAUGGGGGGAAAACAAACCUUAUAUUUGGGGACCAGGGAUCGCUGGAGAACGACUCUUGACAUUCAGGCAGAAUG